ACCGCUCCUUCUCCCGGAUCAGUCCCGUCAGUGGAGCGCGAGGCGCGGCAGCACUCACACACACUGGUCGGCACGCGUGAGAGAGUGGACUCACCGGAGGACUCAGAUUUCUGUGUGUGGGACUAAUCGGAGCAUGAAUUUGUCAUCAAGUCAUCGAUCCACACCUCUAGACAAACCAAGUGAACCUUUCGAGGGAAAAGCAAACGGGGACAGAUUUUAAUGCAACAUCCUUCCUGACGGAGGGCGAUGCACCCGCCUCUUGUUCCUUAAACUGUCACAGUUUUACAUGACUGCGAAAGCACAGCGCUGGAUAUAUUUUCUGCAAAGACAAUUUUUUUUUUGCGCUCGGGAGUUUUUGAGGGGUGACAUUUCGACUGCAGCGCACAACAACGAGCGACACUAGUGCGUGCGUGCUUGAGCGCAAUUUCACUGUGACUCGGACUUGCCUCUGAGCGGAGUUUGACUCCUCAUCAUGGGGCACGGUGCACAGACUGAUGGAGGGAGAGGAAGAGUGCCGAGAUCAUCGCCUGAGAUGCUGACCGUGUCUUGGCUUUUGCUUAUUCUCCUGAUGGAUAUCGGAGUGGCUCAAGUUGAGGAUGACUUCAUCGGUCUCGGUGAUCUGCCGGAAACCUUCCCUUCGGAUCCGCCCGAGCCGCUGCCUGUGUUUCUGAUGGAACCGGAGGAGGCCUACAUUGUCAAGAACAAGCCGGUCAACCUGUACUGCAAGGCCACGCCCGCCACCCAGAUCUACUUCAAGUGCAACAGCGAGUGGGUUCACCAGAAGGAGCACACUGUGGAGGAGCGGGUUGACGAAAACUCUGGACUGGUAGUGAGAGAGGCCAGCAUAGAGAUCACUCGGCAGCAGGUGGAGGAGUUGUUUGGGCCGGAGGACUUCUGGUGUCAGUGUGUUGCCUGGAGCUCUGCGGGGACCACCAAGAGCCGCAAAGCCCACGUCCGCAUCGCCUACCUGAGGAAGACAUUUGACCAGGAACCUCUUGGGAAGGAAGUGUCCCUCGAACAGGAAGUGUUGCUCCAAUGUCGCCCACCUGAAGGCAUCCCAGCUGCUGAGGUGGAGUGGUUGAAGAACGAGGAAGUUAUUGAUCCUGCGGAUGACAGAAACUUCUACAUCACCAUCGAUCACAACCUGAUCAUCAAACAGGCCCGCCUCUCUGACACUGCCAACUACACUUGUGUCGCUAAGAACAUUGUGGCCAAGAGACGCAGCACCACAGCCACAGUUAUUGUCUAUGUGAAUGGUGGUUGGUCGACAUGGACAGAGUGGUCGGUGUGUAACAGCCGCUGUGGCCGUGGUUACCAGAAACGCACACGCAGCUGUACCAACCCAGCCCCACUCAAUGGCGGCGCCAUCUGUGAAGGGCAAGGCAUUCAGAAGCUGCCGUGCAAUCCUCUCUGCCCAGUGGAUGGCGUGUGGACAGAGUGGAUUAAGUGGUCCACCUGUGGGACAGAGUGCACCCACUGGAGGAGGAGAGAAUGCAGCGUUCCAGCACCCAAAAACGGGGGAAAGGACUGUGAGGGCAUGGUGCUCCAGUCCAAGAACUGCACCGAUGGGAUGUGCAUGCAGAGUUCCUUAUAUCAGAAGUCCUCUGAGGCAAAAGACAAGAGUGAUUUUGGAAAUUCAUUGGCCCCCAGUACAGAUGAUGUAGCUCUGUAUGUGGGCAUUGUCAUCGCGGUGAUCAUGUGCCUGGUUAUCUCGGUUGUCGUGGCGCUCUUCAUCUACAGGAAGAACCACCGCGACUUUGACUCUGACAUCAUCGAUUCCUCCGCCCUCAAUGGAGGUUUCCAGCCAGUCAGCAUCAAGACCACCCGCAAAGCUGAUCUCCUAACAUCACCUCCCGACUUGACCUCAGCGGCCGCCAUGUACCGCGGCCCCGUCUACGCCCUCCACGAUGUGGCUGACAAAAUCCCCAUGACUAAUUCCCCUCUGCUGGACCCUCUUCCCAACCUGAAGAUUAAGGUGUACAACUCCUCAGGUUUAGUGACCCCACAAGAUGACCUAGGGGGUGAAUUUUCCUCUAAACUGUCGCCUAAGCUACCACACUGCCUCCUGGACAACAACGAUUGCACGAUGGGCCGUCGCACGCAGACCCAGACGUUACUCCGUACUAGGGAUCCAUCCUGCACCGCGUUGGGCUCCUUCAGCUCCCAGGGGGGGCACCUCAUUGUGCCCAACUCAGGUGUGAGUCUGCUUAUUCCAGCAGGGGCCAUUCCCCAGGGCAGAGUGUAUGAGAUGUAUGUGACAGUUCAGAGGAAGGACAACAUGAGGCCCUCGGUGGAAGAUGGCCAAACAGUGCUGAGCCCUGUGGUGAGCUGUGGACCCCCCGGGGCCUUGUUGACUCGGCCCCUCAUCAUCACCAUGCACCACUGUGCUGUGUUUGACGGCCAACAGGAUUGGCUGAUCCAGCUCAAGAGCCAGUCACAGCAGAACCACUGGGAGGAUGUGGUGGUGGUCGGAGAGGAAAACUUCACCACGCCGUGCUAUAUCCAAAUGGACGAUGAGUCCUGCCACAUCCUGACAGAGACACUGGGUACCUCCUGCUUAGUGGGCCAAUCUCUCAGCGCUGCAACCACCAAGCGCCUCAAACUAGCCAUCUUCGGCCCCGUCACCUGCCCCGCCAUGGAAUAUCACAUCAGGGUCUACUGCCUGGACGACACACAGGACGCAUUCAAGGAAGUCUUACAGAUGGAGAAGCAGAUGGGUGGGAAGUUGUUGGAUGAACCAAAGACUCUCAGCUUUAAAGACAGCACCCACAACCUGAGACUUUCCAUCCACGAUGUCCCCCACACGCUGUGGAAGAGCAAACUACUAGCCAAGUACCAGGAGCUCUCCUUUCAGCAAGUGUGGUGCGGCUCACAGAGAAACCUCCACUGUUGCUUUACGCUGGAGCGCUUCUCUUCCAGCACUGUGGACCUGGCCUGUAAGAUAUGUGUGCGCCAGGUGGAGGGAGAAGGACAGAUUUUUCAGCUGGACACUACACUGUCAGAGGAUUCCCAGAGUAUUGACACGUCUCUGCUGGACCCUGCAAGUAACAUCACCACACUGGUGGGGCCCAAUGCCUUCCGCAUCCCUGUCUCCAUCCGACAAAAGUUGUGUGGCAGUCUGGAUGCGCCACAGACCAGGGGAAAUGACUGGAGGAUGUUGGCCCACAAACUUAACCUUGCCAGGUAUCUUAACUACUUUGCCACCAAAUCCACUCCUACGGGAGUGAUCCUGGACUUGUGGGAGGCCCAGCAUUUUCCCGACGGCAACCUCGGUCGCCUGGCCCAGGUGCUGGAGGAGAUGGGACGCCACGACGGCCUCGUUCCUGCGGCGACUGAACACUGACAUCUGCCCACCGGGGAGUGUGACAUUCCAGGGAGGAAGAAGGCAUAAAAAGAAAAUAAGAGACGUGGACGCCUGAAAAGCAGGCGAAGUCAUUUGGCAUCACGAUGACAAAUGCAGAUACACACUCACAGGUACCGUGUGUGGGUGUGUAAUAAAAAAAGAAACCGCGAGGUCUACUCAGCCAUGACCCAGUUAAACAGUGGCAACAAAGGGUGUAAAAAGUUGGAGGGGUAAACAAGAAUCUCUGUCAUUUCUCUCUGGCUGUUUCUCUCUCUCUCUCUCUCUUUCUGGUACAACGACUUGAUAUUUUUGGCUCUUGUUUCCUUGGAAACAGCUGUCCGGUUAUUUGGAUAGACUGCGUAUUAGUGGAUGAGGCCCUUGCCAUAGACAACAGUCUGAGACGUGAGACACUAUCAAAGGUCAAAGGAGCAAAGGAACACUGCUUGAAUCAGAGGAAACAUCUCCAUAGCAUCUCCAUGGAUGAGUAUGUGUCCUGUGUUAACAUAGUAUUUAAUAAUAUGCCUAUUUAUACAUAUCUUUUUGGUAUUUUACGCUGUCUGUUAAGGAAUAUAUUUUUUUGUUCCUGUUCCAUUAUGUUUGACUGUAUCAUAGCACCUCCAGCUGGACUCGUGCAGUAAUGACUCCUUUACGUGUACAGAGGAGGGAAAUCAAUGAUGUAACCAUUUUACAACUUAAGUCUUGUUGUCGUAACUACUUUUAAUACUUUUUAUUCAUGUCAUGUAUAAGUAAUGAUUUUCAAUUGUGUGUGCUUAUUUUACGUGAUUAUUGUUUCGGUCUUUGAAAUACUUUUGAUAAGUUGCAUUGGUUAUGAUUUUUCUUUAUUUUCUUUGCAUGUUUAUUAUUAGGUCAUUUGGCUAAUUACAUCAAUUUAUCGCCCCUAAAUAUAGGGCGGUCGAGACAAUAUUACCAUACUGAAUAAAACUCAUGACUGAUGCUGAUGAUUUGUAUGUUGUUCCAAGAUUAUACAUUAAAGAGACUAGGCAGAGAGGAGAGGUAGAUACUGGAGAAAGGGAAUCAAAUAAGUAUAUUUUUUGUAGGACCAAUGCAACUGAAUACAACUGCUUUGUACCAAAUAAUUGACAUACAGUGUCUGAGGUCAAACAGAGGGCGGCCAUCUUAACUAUUGCACAUCAUUCAAAAAGUGUCAUUCAUUGUGUUCAGAACUGAAUGACUUUCAUCUGUCGUUUUGGAGAACAGACUCAGACAUCUGUGUUUGUACAUUAAUGACAGAAGCCAUCAGCAUUCUGAUGACACUGAAUGUGUGCAUAAAAAUAUCUGAUAGUUGAAAAUGCAACGUUCCCUUGAUGCAGCAGCACUUGUGACUGUUUCAAAGUGUUGUUGGUUUUAUUUUGUUUUUUUUAACGGCAGUUGUCCCAGUUUUCGUAAAGCCGUCUAUGCAAACGUUGCGUCUUUCUGAAACAAUCUUUACAUUCUCAGUGGGCUAGCCUUUUGCAUUCCCUCGUUGUUCUUCAGCUUCAUGAUUUUUAUUGUGUGUAGUGAGAAUGUAGCCUUGUCUGUUUCUGGCACUCAUGAUGUUCCUCGCAAACUGCUUGCAUUUCAUCUGUCAAGUUAUUGUACAAAGUGUAAGAAAGAAUUUUUAAGACUAAUAAUAAAUUAUAUUUAUAUGCAACAUUGAAAA